CAGACGAAAUCCAAGAUGGCGGAGUGUUGAGACUGGAUGAACUUCGACAAUUGACAGUUCGCUUUCUUUAUAUUUAUGCUUAAAUCGAUUGAAUUUGAUAUACAGUUUACAUUUCGACUUAUACAGAGAAGUAUUUCUUAGUAUUUUAGGCGGGUCGUGGUUUUGUAUGCUCGGCUGUGAAGGCUGUAGUUAGCUUGCAACUUGGACGCUUUGUGUGCUGCGAAGAUUGCUAACGGUAACGUGUUAGCAAGUUAGCGCCGUAAUAAUUGAUUUGCCAAACGAAUAAUCUUUGUGUCUUUGAUUAUUCAAAGCACUCAAGUAUUUCGUAUCUUUAUCGGUGCAGACCACUCUAGCCAGGUAUAUAUUUCGACCCGUUUUAUGGUCAGCUGAAUGUUGGCUAACGUUACAGGGGUCAGGGUGGGUCUUCCGAGAUAGCCAAUCCUGACUUGCAUGACUUUUUUGGUAUGUUUUGAUUAGACUGAAACGUAACCUUAGGCGUAACGUGUAUCACAGACAUAGCCUGGCCUUGACACGUGACGUUUAUUUGUCAAAAAUAAACUCGACAAGACGAAUUGACAUGGAUGACAAGCGUGAAAACAACGCAACCCCUCAAGGCAGUAGCAGUGAAUCCAGCGGCAACAGCCCAGCGUCACCUGCAAGCCCAGCACAUGGAGCCGGGAAAGCAGCAGGGGCCAACGCGUUCGCUAAUGAUGGUAGCUUCAUGGAAAUGUUCAAGAAGAAGAUGGAAGCGGAGCGAAGGAAAAAGGGAUCGGAGCAAGCCAGCCCCUCUGAAGAAAGUACUGCUGAUCAAGGACAGUCGACUGUGGAAAAGAGGACGAGUAGCGUGGCCAGCUUUGUGGGGAAGCGGAGAGGGGGCGCCAAAUUGACCCUAAAGACCGGCAUGGUUGCAAAGAAGCAGAAAUUGGACCCAGAGCUUGAGGGGAAAGGGGACGCCUGGACUAAGUACAUGGCUGAGGUGAAAAAGUACAAAGCUCACCAGUGUGGAGACGAUGACAAAACCAGGCCCCUGGUGAAAUGAAAGACUGGGGUUUGCGCUCACACACGCCAACUCAUCGCAGAGGAGUGCUGCAGCAUAGGAGUGAACCUGCCACCAGACGUGCGCCCAUACUGCCAGAUUUGGGAACCGCUCAGCUGAGCUUUCUCACUUCCUCACAAUUAAAGAUUAUUAUUUUUUUGUUUGUUUGUUUCCUUUUUCCUUUUUCCAGAGAAUUGUCUUAUGGUCUUUAGCCUUUUAUGGUAUGUGGCAAAUACAGUUGAGUUUGGUGUAUCAUGGUGCAUUUGGUUUAUUUGAACACAAUGUUUAGCCUCACAUUAGCUUGAUAUUAUAUUGCAACAUUUGCUAGACAGGGUAGCCUAAUGCCUUGUAGAUAUUUCAUAUUUUUCUCCCUGUUGGUAUUUGAUGUCAUUUGAAUCUUGAGGUUUCAAAAAUGCUGAUUAAAACUGCUAAGCAUUUUGAA